AUGGUGAGGGAGAUGAUAACUGAAGAAGAGGUAGAGCAGAAAAUUGGUGGGAACAAAAAGACGGCCGCUAUGCUAUUACCUGCUAGGAAUGUGUUUAUAGGUUCAAACAGCGUGUCAAAUCCAAGUACAAAGAUUGGAAAGAUGGGGUGUAUGUUGGUCAUGUUAUUGCGUCUUCGUCAAGCCUGUAUCCAUUUUCAUCUAACGAAGAAUGCCGUUAAUACAGAAGCAUUUCAAUCAAUUGGGACAGAAUAUCAACUGACAGCAGAAGAACAGGAACAGUUGGCCAAUAUCACCAUUGACAGUUACGUCGACUCGACUAGUUUCGAGGAUCUAAGCCUCAUUUUUAGAAGAAAACAUGCAAGUGCUAAGGGCGUCGUAAUUGACGCCAGUGUCAUGGUAUCGCAGUGGACUUCAUUUCUGAAGAUAUUAGAAAAACAUAUAGUGAAACGGUUCCGAGAUGCGCAGUGUUCAACUAUUAGUGGUGAUGUUCAUCCAUCAGAAAGACAAGAUCGUGUAAAGUGUUUUAAUGAAGAUAAAAAAGGAACAAAUGUUAUGUUGGUUUCGAUCUCAGCAGGUGGAGUGGGAUUGAACCUCACUGGAGGGAACCAUCUGAUCCUUAUGGAUCUUCACUGGAAUCCUGCGCUUGAGUUGCAGGCAUGUGACAGAGUUCACAGAAUGGGUCAGACAAGAGAAGUUCACAUCCACAAAUUGAUCAUGAAACAGUCGAUCGAGGAACGUGUGUUGGCUUUGCAGAUGAAAAAAAUGGAGCUUGCUGAGAACGUCUUGAAAGGGUUGUUAGUCGUCAUAUUUUCCAGAGCAGUCUCGAAAAGGAACAUGAAUCUCACAAUGGCGGAUCUGAAAUUUCUAUUCGAUUUGGAGUCACACCAUUAA